CUCUACUUUCUCAGUAUAUAUUACACACCACAGGUUCAGCAACUUGAUUCUGUCAUAAAAAAUCAGGUUGGUAAAAACAACCAAAGAUGAAAGUGGAAACGAGGCAGCAUCUGCUACUCAUCCUUGGAGUCAUUCUUCUCAGUUUCACAGCUGAAAAAUGUCGCCAACUAGUAGGAGGGGAGGCUUCUUCGAAGAGCUGGACAGAAAGGUUCACAUUCUGGAAUCGCUUCGACAUGAGCUACGGAACCAUUGCAUGGAUAACCAAGGAGCUAUUGAAGGCAUACCUCUUCUACAUCAGAGCUGUUCAUGUACAGAGAAUACGAACAGAAGCAACCAAAGCAGCCAUUACAGAAUAUAUAGAACAAGACCAGAAUCUGGACAUAAUGGCCGCCAAAGAAAAAGGCAAAGCGGCUGCAAAACAAGCGUACAGGCAACUGAAACAUGUCACUGCACCAGCUCUUUCAUCACUAUGGGAUGUUUUUGAAACACUUUACGUGGGUGGAAGCUUCGCGGAGGGGGUUACUAGGGGAAUCGGAACGUUUCUUGGUGCUUAUGCUGGAGGAAUCUAUGGAGAAGGGAAACUAAAUUGGAUUGGAUUUCUUGUGGGAAGUCAGUUGGGGAGUUUGGCUGGGAGUAGAAUUGGAUUGAUGAUAUAUGAUAUUGGGAAAGGAAUACAAUUCUGCAUUCUCCUUAUUUUUGGACAAAGGAACUACUAUCCAUCUACAUACAAGGAACUAUGAGGCUGGUUACAUAAUACAUCACACUCUUUCGGCGGUUGGAAAAUGCUAUGCAGUGCUCAAUGAAGAAAAUAGUUUGUAAAUAUUUCUUAAUCUCGUUAAUAUGCAAUUUCUACGGAAGUGUAUAAAUGCUGAAAAUAAAGCAAUUGUUAAUAAAGUACGAGAAAAAUGUCCCUAAAUUCAUAUUUAA